ACACCCCCUUCUCCUGUUGCCAACCAAACACAACACACACACACAAAACUAAUCAAGAAAACUCAAGAGUAUAAUCAUGGCCGGCGUGAACUCCAGCGUGGUCGGUCUCAAGCCCGCCGCGGCGGUGCCGCAAACCGCCGCCGCCUUCUCGGCGAAGCGCGUGCAGGUCAAGGACCGGCGGUCGGCGCUCCUCGGCCUGGCGGCCGUUAUCGCCGUUACUGCCGGCGCCUCCGGGUCCGCCAGGGCCAGCGUCUUCGACGAGUACCUCGAGAAGAGCAAGCUCAACAAGGAGCUGAACGACAAGAAGAGGGCGGCAACCAGCGGCGCCAACUUCGCCCGGGCAUACACCGUGCAGUUCGGCAGCUGCAAGUUCCCCUACAACUUCACCGGCUGCCAGGACCUUGCCAAGCAGAAGAAAGUGCCGUUCAUCAGUGACGACCUGGAGAUCGAGUGCGAGGGCAAGGAGAAGUACAAGUGCGGAUCCAACGUCUUCUGGAAAUGGUGAAGAUGAUACGAAUAUGCCGGCCGGGUGCUGAUAUUGUGAUGCGUGUGUAUGUGGCAUGCCAGCGUUUGUACCUAGAAGAUGUGAAAAACUGCAGAAAUGUUUUGGAUGUUAACUUGUCGUCCGUCCGCCUUGUAUUCUUAUCAUCAAGUGGAAAUCCUAUUUUCACCUGGGUACUUACGUGCCUGUAUCUUGUA